UGAUUCCCUCUCCAAAGCUCUCUACCCUUCAGCCGAAUCAAAAAUUAUUCAAAUCUUUUUCCUUGUGAAAACAGAGCGAGUCAGUCCAUUCAUGGCUUAAUUUAUAUUGAAAUUAUAUUUAUGUAAUUUUUUUGUGUUUUACUUUCAACUUUUGAAGAAGAAAAUGGCAGCAGCAAUGAUGAACUUGAGCAGUUCAAUACAAAGCGGCCUUUUUAGUUCAUUAAAACCAUCAUCUUUUUUCAAUUUCAAAACUACCCAUUUCAAAAAUCGGUUUUGUCUUCCUCAAAGUCACUUCAUUUUUUCAAAAAGAUCAAUGCUUUGCACUUGUUCAAGCAAUAAUAGUAAUUUUCAAACUGGAGAAAAGGCUGAGCCUUAUGUUGUUACAACUCCUCUUUAUUAUGUUAAUGCCCCUCCUCAUAUGGGUAGUGCUUACACCACUAUUGCUGCUGAUGCCAUUGCCAGGUUUCAGCGGCUUUUGGGAAAACGAGUCAUAUUUGUUACUGGCACAGAUGAGCAUGGGGAGAAGAUAGCUACAGCAGCAGCCGCUCAAGGCUCCAGCCCAAGUGAGCAUUGUGAUGUUAUAUCUCAAGCUUACAAAAUGCUGUGGAAAGAUUUAAAUAUAGCUUACGACAAGUUCAUUCGCACAACUGAGCCAAAACAUGAAGCUAUUGUCAAGGAAUUUUAUUCUAGAGUUCUUGCCAAUGAUGACAUUUACCAGGAUGACUAUGAGGGACUGUACUGUGUCAAUUGUGAGGAGUAUAAGGAUGAGAAAGAGCUGCUUGAAAAUAAUUGUUGUCCUACACACCUAAAGCCAUGUGUUCCUCGCAGAGAGGAUAAUUACUUCUUUGCAUUGUCAAAAUACCAAAAGUCAUUAGAAGAAACUUUGGCCAAAAAUCCAGAUUUUGUUCAGCCUUCAUACCGUUUGAAUGAGGUGCAAAGUUGGAUCAAAAGUGGCUUAAGAGAUUUUUCGAUUUCCAGAGCAUCUGUGGAUUGGGGUAUUCCAGUGCCCAAUGACAAUAAGCAAACUAUAUAUGUUUGGUUUGAUGCACUCCUUGGCUAUUUAUCAGCUCUGUUGGAGGAGAAUGAGCAACCUAGUUUACAAAGUGCUGUUUCUUCAGGUUGGCCUGUGUCACUGCACUUGAUUGGAAAGGAUAUUUUACGUUUUCAUGCUGUUUACUGGCCAGCUAUGCUAAUGUCUGCUGGAUUGACUCUCCCAAAGAUGGUGUUUGGCCAUGGAUUCUUGACAAAGGAUGGCAUGAAGAUGGGAAAGUCACUAGGGAAUACAAUUGAACCAAAUGAAUUGGUUCAUAAAUUUGGGCCUGAUGCAGUCAGGUACUUCUUCCUGAGGGAGGUAGAAUUUGGAAAGGAUGGGGAUUAUUCAGAAGAACGUUUCAUUAAUAUUGUUAAUGCACAUCUUGCCAAUACAAUAGGAAAUCUUCUUAACCGUACUCUUGGACUUCUUAAGAAGAACUGCCAAUCAACUCUGGUGGUUGAUUCAACUAUUGCUGCUGAAGAACAGGAUUUCAAGGACACUGUUGAGAAGCUGGUUGAACAGGCUCACAUCCAUUACAAAAAUCUCUCCCUAUCAUCUGCUUGUGAAGCUGUGCUAGAGAUUGGUAAUGCUGGUAAUUUGUACAUGGAUAAGCAUCAACCAUGGUCUCUUUUUAAGCAAGGAGGUGCUGCUUCUGAAGCUGCAGCAAAGGAUCUUGUGAUUAUAUUGGAAGCAAUGAGGAUUAUAGCAAUUGCUUUAUCACCUGUCACACCUAGCUUAUGUAGGAGGAUAUAUGCGCAGCUUGGCUACUCUGACGACCAGUUCAAUAAUUUAAACUGGAGUGAAACAAAGUGGGGUGGACUAAAGGGUGGUCAGGUAAUGGCUCAACCUAAGCCAGUCUUCACAAGAAUAGAACAGAUAAAGGGGACAGAAAAUGGGGGUGAAGCAGCUGAAAAGGUUGUGAAAAAGAAAGAGAAAAAACCUCAAGUUCAAGGGGUUGUAGAAGCCUAGGAUCCCAAUUUCAAAGGAUUCUUUCACCAAUAGGAGCAUAUUUUUCUCUUAACAUAGUGAACAAUUUUUGUCCUAAAGUUGUAGUAACUCAUGUUAUUGUCAUAGAAAUCUGCUUCCUAUUGGAAUUUAUUAAGUUGAACAUAAUCCUUAUUUCCAACUUUGUGGGAAAUCGAUUCAAUAAUCCCACAUUCUCAUUAAACACAGAGAGACCUAAAGAUUUCAUUUGGUAGCAUGGAGAAUCAAGUUACAAAGAAGUUUAUUUCUUUGAUAAUCAUAACUUAUGCUUGCUAUUUC